AUGAAUGAGAUUGUUUACAAGGGACUUGUACGCCGUGUUCUUGGUAUUGUCAUGCAAAGUCCUGGGAUUUUGGAGGACCAAAUCAUAAGCCAGAUGAAUGUUCUAAAUCCUCAGAGCUGUAGAAAGUUAUUGGAGCUGAUGAUUCUGGAUAGUCAUAUCAGGGUGAGGAAGAUGUAUGCAUCUGUAUCGAAUGAGCCCCCAGCCAUGUUACGUUCUCUUUUUGGUUGCAGCUUUAACAAACCAAAGCUGCUUUUUAGACAACAUUUUUAUGCAAACCCUACAAGUAUCAACUGUUUGUAG